AUGGCAGCAGAAAAUGGUUUCAAAGUCAUCAUCAUAGGCGGGGGCAUCGCUGGUCUCACCCUCGCCAACAUGUUGGAGAAAUUCGACAUUGAUUAUGUCGUUUUAGAGGCUCAUAAAAAUAUCGCGCCCCAGGUUGGUGCGAGCAUAGGCAUGUUUCCCAAUGGUCUGCGAAUCCUUGACCAGAUCGGCAUCCACGAUCAAAUCAAAGCUAUAUUCAAGAGCGACAUUCCCUACAACAAAUCGCAUAUGAGAAAUAAUGAGGGGAAAAUCAUCACAACCAUCCAUGGGAUCAACGAUCAGCUGGAGCGCAGGCAUGGAUAUGGUUUGUUGUUCUUUGAUCGACAGGCCCUUCUACAAAUUCUCUACGAUCAUCUGCAGGACAAUUCCAAGAUAUUAACAGGGAGGAAGUUUGAGUCAGCUGAGCUCAACGACUGGGGCGUCACUGCAACGUGUGCGGAUGGUUCCACUUUCCGCGGUACCCUUCUUGUUGGUGCAGAUGGCAUUCACAGCAAGGCUCGGACCGUCAUGAGGGCUUUGGGAGAUAGAUUGGACCCGGGAGCCUUCGACAACAGUGAGGAAAGCAAGGUGCCAUGUUACUACAGAUGUAGUUUCGGCAUCGCGGUAGACGUGCCAGGGUGGGUUACAGGCGAGCAACAUAUUGUGACGGGCGAUGGAAGGUCUCAGCUUGUUAUUUCGGGGCCGGACAAUCGUGUGUACUGGUUCAUGUUUGAGAGGUUGCCCGAGGCCCGAUAUGGAGAUGACAUCCCGCGAUACACGACAAAAGACGAGGAAGAGUUUGCAAAUCGGAACGCAGACGUAGCUAUUACCGAGAGUGUUACUUUUGGCCAGGUCUUUGCUUGUCGUCUGUCUUCAGCCCUCACGCCACUACACGAAGUUGUUUACAAGAAAUGGUUCUUCAGGAGGAUCAUCACUCUAGGCGACUCUGCCCACAAGCCCAACCCCAUUGGCGGCCAAGGAGGCAAUGGGGCGAUUGAGUCAUGCGCGGAACUUGUGAACAUGCUACUGGAGAAGAAAGCAGCCCGUGGUGGAACCUUGAACAAACUGACGACCGAGGAGCUGGAGGGGGUCUUGGGGCGAACACAGACAUCAAGGCACGCAAGAGCCAAGGAGAUUGUCUAUGCUGCACACAGGCACCAGAGAAUCAACGCUUACGAGAAUCCGUUGAUCUCUACCAUCAUUACAGGGUACAUUUUCCCUUUGGCUGGGCCUGAACAAAUCCUCACGAGGAUGUCCUGGAAUCUUAUAGGGGCUACACAUCUCAAGAACCUCCCGAUUCCCAAGCGCGCUCGCAUGAUACCAUACAAUGACGAGCUUCCUGCGUUGCCGUUCAGCACCAUAAUAUCCAUGGUCGUUCGUAGCGGGCAAAUCGCCUCGAUGGCAACAUUAGUCUUCAUUAGUUUGAAGGCGUUCCGCUUUCAUAUACCAGAGAUAACUAAAUGGGCCCGGGAAGCACCAAUUGUUAUUAGAUGGUUCGGUGAAGGCCAAAUCACCAAGAUCUUCAACAUAUUCGUCUCCGUGUUUGCAAUCCCACUCUCAGAUCAAGAUCCUGGGAUCAGGUUGCAGCUCAUUAACUUUCUCUUUCAGUUGAUAUCACCUCUCCUCAUUUACACUAUCGAAGCCAACAGAGUCGGUAACCAAGGAACUGCUUUGAUGUUCGAUCUUUUAUUUGCCUUUGGGUUUCAGCUCCGGGGAAUUGGCCAGUUAGGCCCUCUUCAUGCUGCUCUGCAUGCCGUGAGCUCUCAUGAACUUCCAACCGGACGCCACAUACCUGUCGAGACUGCGAAAGCUCUGGUUCCAGCUAUUACGUUGGGAUUUGUCAUUCCUACAGUACUUUUGUUUGCACGAACUCCGGAUACAGUCGCAUGGCAACACUCUCUAGCUCUCUGGCAGUUUGCGCCACCAAUUUUUGUUCUUCUCACUCGAUUGAUCUCUUCCACGAUCAAGAAAUAUGACCGAGCAAAACUUCAGGGAAAGGAAGGCAGAAAUGACAUGGAGCGAUAUGCGGAUAAGGACUUGCCAUUUCUUAACUCCGUCUACACUUACGCGGUUGCUACUCAGGCUACCGUCCAUAUUGCAUCGAUGGUGUACGCGUGGUCACAUCCGAAUAUAUCGUUAUUCGAAUCAUUCCUCCAAGUGCCGAACCCGUUCAUCUCGGACUGGAAUCUUCCAAGUUUGGUUGCUAAGUUGGGUACAUUCUUCAAAUACGACAUGCUGCUAUUCAGUGCAUCGUCAUUAGCAACUGGCAUCUACAGCAUUUGGGAUCUGCGCCGACUGGGUUAUAUUACAACUACCGAUGCUUUCACUGCCUUUUUUGGAACAGUUGCGGGACAGUUCCUAGUCGGUCCAGGGGCAACUUGGGCUGGGUUGUGGUGCUGGCGGGAGAAUCGACUAGCAAAAUUGAUGGCUAGACGUCAGUAA